CGAAUCUUGGAAGUUGCUGUAGAAUUAGGUUUAAUUUGAAUGGUGAUUUUAACCAUCUAGAUAUUACGAUUGUUUGUUUUGCUUUUGCUCAAUUAUUACGACUCUUCAACCAAACAAACCAGACACCCGACAUACAGCAUUCAAUACUACCGACACAGUACCUCUAUCCGGACACAUCUAGAAACGUCAGCAAUUUGUUUGUAGCACAAAGCUUACAUAGUACGAGACCCGCGCUCGGCUGGGGAACCUUGGAUAUCCGAAAUCCCCGCCAUUGAUUAUCUCUAAUAGUCAUAUUCGCAUUAUCCACCCGGCCAAAUAACAAGACCCUCUACACUGCUCCGUGCUCUUCAGCUGAAACCCUACCGCUCGAGACAACAAAUCAUUCAUCUAUCGGCCCGCGUCCGGUUGGUGUCUCAUUGCGAAACCGUGGACCUUGAACUCUUGUCAUAUCAUAUCGAUAGGGUAUGAAUUGAGAGAUCGCGGAAGUCCUGCGGGGUUCCAAGGCGCGCGUUAUACACAUUGUUGACUUGUCUCUUUCCAAUUUGUUACUUGCAGGCUUCUUGGAUCAAAAGGAAUUAGACGAUGCUUCUCACAGGGUUGACCUAGAGCGAUGAAGUCUUCCUUCGGGAUGGUGUUGUUUGCUACCCGUAUAUCACAGGCCUGGCGGCUGACCGCAGGCAUCCGAUCUUUAAUAUUCAUUACGGCCUUAUUUCAGCUCUCAACAAUUAGCGCGGCUCAGACAUUACCCUAUUUUCCUACAAGCAUAUUCAUUCCACAAUCCAAGCCUGAGCCGGCGCAAGAGAAUGCGACUGCUGAUAUCGCUUACAUAUUCUCACCUCAGGACGAUUGGGUCGACCUACUAGCGCUCAACUUUUCAAACAGCCUUCAAGCUUCAUCGUUAUCUUUCCAAACAUUAUCAUCGAAUGUACCUUUCUUGGAUACCAACAAAACCGCAUUCACCCCGUCGCUUGCCGAUAAUGGAUCGCUUAUCGUCUACGCUGGCGAUUGUUCUGCGCCAGCAGGUUCCGAAAUAUGGACAUUUUAUCUCUCUUCUGUUGACGGAGCCUCGUCAUGGAGCAGAGCGAACACAACCUUGGCUACCGAUGCAAAUUCAAUCCAAGCAGGGCCAAGCUUCUUAGGCGGUGGUUUUAGUUUCUCAAAUAUCCUAGAGCCUCAAUUAUCGCCUGCCGUAACCUAUGUUUACGGAGGAAUGUGUCCUGGGACGGCCGCUUCCAAUGCUAGUCUCGCUCAAUCGAACGCCACUUACUCGAAUCAGAUGAUCAAGAUUGCGCCUUUGGGUAUCAAUACGGGGGAAUUUACGGUUAGUCCGGUUUCUAGCAAAGGUCCCCCGGUAGCCGAGGCCGGAUUCAGCUUUACUAGUCUAUCUCCAUCUAUUUCCAAUCACUCGGGGACAGUAACACAGCAAGUUAAUUAUGUACUCCUGGGAGGUCAUACGAAGACCGCUUUUAUCAAUAUGAGUACUGUCGCCAUCUGGAGCUUACCGGAAGAGAGCUGGAGUUUUAUCUCCAACAUCGAUAUAGUGGGUUCAAGCAGUACCAAUACCGAACUAGCUAUCAAAAGCACCCUCACUAGUAUAGACAGCCGAUCCGGUCACACGGCGGUCCUAAGCGAGGACGGAACCUCCUUAAUUAUCUUAGGUGGUUGGGUGGGCGACUUAACUCAAACCGCUUCACCGCAGCUUGCUAUUCUUAACAUCGGCGCUAGCUACGGCGGCAAAGGAGACUGGGAGUGGGUAGUUCCCGAUACGCAGCCAUCAGGGCCGGGUAUCUACGGCCACGGCGCGGCGCUGCUUCCUGGGAAUGUGAUGAUGGUCUAUGGAGGCUACACUAUAUCCCCAGCCGAAACCAAAGUCAGGAGACAAGCUUCCAGUAGCAAUGAUGUGCCAAUGUUUCUGAAUCUUACUUCGAUGAGCUGGUCAAACGACUAUACGAACCCAACCUACAACGCAGUAGACCAAGGCAACAAUAGCUCAAGCACUGCAAAUGGCGACUUAGGUCUACGCCUAGGGCUAGGGCUUGGCCUGGGUCUCGGCAUCGCAGCCAUAAUUAUAGCGAUAGUAAUCUACCUCCUGUAUCGCCGUCGUUUGAGGCACCGGCGCACUAUCCGCAACUCCGCAAUUCGUGCUCUGGCGCAGGAUACCUCGCGGUUCCUACCUCAUGACGACGAGAUGACUGAACACGACCAGGCCUGGUACACCGGCGGUGGCGACCCGUACAUGCGCGGCAGCCGGUCACUUGGAUACCAAAGUCUUCAAGCAAAUCGCGGAAGCCUAGACCAAGGCCAGGGGCCGCAUUCGUGGUUUGGGGGAGCGCCUACGCAGGGACAGGGAGUUUUAAGAAAACCGCUUCCGCGCCGCAACACCUACGAUCCUCAUUCUGCUGUUAUCCAUCCCAUCGCCGAGGCAGAUGAAGAUGACGGUGGUAUUUUGGGCGGGCCGAUAAGCCCAUUGCGCAACGAGGGCAGGAAGGACUCGGACCCAUUCCUCACACCAACACAAACCCAGGAGAAUAACGAAAAAUAUGACACGCCCAUCGCCCUACAGCAGCCAGCCCGCGUUUCAUUAACGCCAAGUCCGGAGCGCGCAACUGAUCCUGAGGUCCAAGACUGGAUGUCCGAUGUGGAAGCCGUAGACGCGCUGCUUAGUGGGCGUCGAUCCGCGCAACAAAGCCCGACAAGGUGGGCGUUGGAUCGAUUGACGGGCGAGGACGAACGCACAGAGAGCAAUGUCUCGGAAUCCAACCGCAGUAAUUUGAACUUGAACACAAAUAUCAAUACAGCGGUCAGUCGCUCAGACUCCAUACGUUCGCAUCUGCGCGCUGGAUUCGGUGUUGCUGCUGCAGCGCUGGCAGCCGCUGUUGACGAGGGGAGGGGUGGGAGUAGUUCCAGUUCUACACCAAGUUAUAAUACAGCAAGAAGCAGCUUCCCGGCCCUGCAAGCCGAGGGGCCAGGGCUGUUGAUGGGAGGAAGAAUGAGAGGCGGGGAUAAGGAGAGAGAGGAGGAGCCGGGUAGCCCGAGUAAGAGAAAGCCUCGUCGAAGUUUCUUCGGGAGUUUGCGCCGCGUGUUUAGCGGGGCGACGCCAGAUGCGAGCCCUAUCGAACGUUAUGGGAAGGAGACUCGCGAUGAUACAGAGGGGGAAGCCAGCGAUUACGAUGCCAGGCUUGGUGGACUGAGUGGAAUAGCGGCUGGUGGCGUCUUAAGGAGGAAGAGCGGUAGGGGGGCUUGGGAAGCGUUGGAGCAAAGUCAACCAGGAAGGGAUCGGAACCUGGGACAGGGUCUAGGUCAAAGGGGAAUAGGGAAUGGAAAAGGAAAAGGGGUCGCGAACGAAGAAUACUUGCCCAGAAUUGGGAAUGACGAUGAUGAUGAUGAGUGGGAUAUCGAGAAGGCCGUGGAGAGACGGCUCGUGCAGGUCAUGUUCACGGUGCCUAAGGAGCCCUUGCGUGUUGUCAAUGCCGAGCCGGAUAUUGAGAGCGGUGAAGAUGUCGUAUUAGUCAAUCCAGAUGAAGAGACUCUGGAUGAAAAAGGGAAGGACGUAACGACAGAAGCCGAGGAAAUGAGGAGAAACCUAGAAAUAGGAGAUAGGGGAGUGGAAGCGGUAGAAGAGAGGGAUUUGGGAACGCUAAUCCCCAGUCCAAGUCCCGUGAGCGAGGAUGAUAUCCUGCGCGAGGUGCGCGAAGAGCUGGAAGCGGAGUGGAGGUUGGAUAAGGGCAAGGAAAAGGAAAAAAUUAGGUAUGAUGAUGAUGAGGAUAGGGGAAGACAACCCGAAACCCCGGUGCGCACACCGCGGAAUCUGCGGGAUGAAAGCGCUCGCUUGCUAGGCGGGGACCUUAGCCUUAGCACUGAGUCCAGGAAGAGGAAGCCAUCUCGCUCUCCAGUACAAGACUCCGACGGUGAUGUCUUUUCUGCGCAAGCAGUGAGGCUUGAGCGGCCACGAACACGAGUUCUCGCAAUGGUCGAGAGUAUCGAGAGCCUGAGCCGCGAGAACAGUCCUUCCGGGUCACCUACGCGGUGAUCUGACCUGAUAGACGAAGAUUAAGAAGGUGCAUGUCUGGUGUAAAAUGUGUAGGGUAUACAAUCACGGGAUAGGGGUCGGGAACGGUGGCGUCAUCGAGGAAUGGCGAAUACCAAUCGUUUUUAAAGGCGUCUGGACCGGUUCGGUUCGAUUUGAAUUGCAUUGUAUUCCUGGAGGGAACCGUCUCUGCGUUCACGUUUGAAAUAGGGAGGUUUUUACGUAUAUUAAGACGAUGUGUUACCAAUGAAAUUCAAAGUUCAAGAAAUUAUCUAUUCAA